CUUUUCAAAGUUUUAUCAAACAUUUUUGUUUACUUUACAUAGACAACAUUAUUUGUUUUGCUAGAUUUGUCUAUAUAUCGAUCGACCGAGUUCUAACUUUUGUUAUUUUUUCAUUAAUUUAUUACAAAAAAAAUGCCGCAUAGAACAACAUAUUUUUUUCCUAGACAUUUUACAGAAAAUGGUGCAGUAAUUACAAAUUCAUCUUCAGAAGAUAAAAUUAAUAAUAAUAAUACAGAUUCUUAUAGACAAAGAAGACUAGAUAGUAAUAGUAGUACAGUUAACCUGUUAUCAGAACGACAUCGUUUUGGGUCAUCUAAAAGUGAAAAAAGUUAUCACGGCGAAAAGAGUAGUGUGAAAAAGAAACAAGUUACUGAUUUUGUCAACUGGUUAGUGGAGAAAAAAAAUAGUUCCACUACUACUACUACUACUACUUCAGCUGCUUCUGGAUCACGGCGUGGUGGUCACGUGAGAUUGAACAACCACGCUGAUGAAGAUCAUCAUCACAUGGAUAGUUUACUGCCACCUGAUCAUACUAAGGAUGAGUUAAUAGAGGAUGUAGCCCUUGUUGGUGAUCAUGAUCACAUUGAAGAUCACUGGGAUGAUAAUCCAAUAAGUUUUCGGUACCGAAAAUCGAGAAGCAGGAGGAUAUCAAGUGACGUCGAAAGUAGUUACGCCGCGAGUUUGUUUUCGAAUACGAUCGGGAGUUCGAGUUCUUUGGCUUUUUAUAAGGAUUCUGUGACUGAUGAAGGAAGAGAUGAUGCUGAUCACGCUGAUGAUGAACAUCAUCAUGAUCAUUAUAAUGAUGUGGUGCAAGUUGAGAAUAAUUAUAAUGUGAGAAAAUGGCGUGAAAGUUAUUACUUACAACUUACACUUGCAAAAAGGUUGACACAUCAUGCUACUAUUGGUGAUGAGAAACGGCGUGGUGGUGGUGGUGUUGGUGUUGUUGCUGGUGGUUCUGUUGUGACGUGUUAUGACGCUGAGUCUGUUUCGUAUCGUCUCUGGGUUAAUGGUACUUUGUCAUAUAAUGAUAAGAUAUCAGACGGGUUCUACAACAUCAUCGGAAUGGAUCCAUAUAUGUGGAUGAUGUGCAAUGAUUCUGAAGAAGGAAAACGAUUACCCUCUUUAUUAGCACUCAAAGCCGUUAAUUCAGGUACUACAUCAAUGGAAGUGCUUCUUGUGGAUAGAUAUGGGGAUUCACGGCUAAGGGACUUGGAGGAUAAAGCACAGGAGCUCUAUUUUUCUGCUGAAAACAAUCUUAUGUUGGCUGAAAAACUUGGAAAACUUGUUGCUUCUACCAUGGGGGGCUCGUUUCCAGUGGAGCAAGAUGAUCUACGUGUUCGAUGGGAAUCGGCUAGCACGAGACAGAGGGAUCUUCAGAAUGGCAUAUUAGUCCCGAUUGGCAGCUUGUCUGUGGGACUCUGUAGGCACAGAGCUAUCCUUUUCAAGAAAUUGGCUGACUAUGUAGGACUACCUUGCCGUAUAGCUAGAGGCUGCAAGUAUUGUGUUGAAGAUCAUAGAUCCUCAUGCCUUGUCAAAAUCCAAGAUGACAAGAUCACAAGGGAGUAUGUAAUGGAUCUAAUUGGGCAACCAGGAAAUAUGUAUAAUCCGGACUCCUCGAUAAAUGGAGAUAUACUUUCUUCAGUACCUUCACCAUUUAAUAGUUCUCAUGUGAAAGAAGUCCAACAAGUUUAUGUGGACCGAGCAUCUAUAUCUCAAGUCAAGAGCAUUGAAGGAGGGCCCAAUGUAUCUGAAGAAGAAACUGGUAUGAACAGAGAAAUAAAAGAGUUGAGAUGUGUCCCAGUAGAUCGGAACAAUAAAAUUUGUGAGAUAGUUGAAACGCCAAAACUCAAAUUAGUUCCAUCGGAUCAGUUAAAGGUUGAGAGUGCUGGAAAAUGUAGAGGCAACUUUCCAGUUACCACUCCAAGGUACUUGACCCUUGAGCCGUCUCUUGCAAUGGACUGGCUUGAGAUUGCUUGGGACGAGUUGCAUAUCAAGGAACGUAUUGGUGCUGGCUCAUUCGGGACAGUUCAUCGUGCAGAAUGGCAUGGAUCGGAUGUAGCUGUUAAGGUCUUGACAGUCCAGGACUUUCAAGAUGAUCAGUUGAAGGAGUUUCUAAGAGAGGUUUCAAUCAUGAAACGUGUACGCCACCCAAAUGUGGUUCUUUUCAUGGGUGCAGUCACCGUCCGUCCACACUUUUCAAUUGUGACAGAGUAUCUACCUAGAGGGAGUUUGUUUCGCCUUAUACAUCGACCAACCGCAGGUGAAAUAAUGGAUCAAAGACGGCGUCUAAGAAUGGCUUUGGAUGUGGCAAAGGGCAUCAAUUAUCUACAUUGCCUUAGUCCUCCCAUCGUUCACUGGGAUCUCAAAUCCCCAAAUUUACUAGUUGACAAAAACUGGACGGUGAAGGUUUGUGAUUUUGGAUUAUCGAGAUUUAAAGCGAAUACUUUCAUAUCAUCAAAGUCUGUUGCUGGAACACCAGAAUGGAUGGCCCCUGAAUUUCUCCGUGGCGAGCCCUCAAAUGAAAAAUCUGAUGUUUACAGUUUUGGCGUGAUCUUGUGGGAGCUUGUGACCAUGCAGCAACCAUGGAACGGACUCAGCCCUGCUCAGGUUGUUGGAGCAGUAGCUUUCCAAAACAGGAAACUAACGAUACCUACCAACACUCCUCCGGCAUUAACUUCACUUAUGGAAUCUUGUUGGGCCGAUGAACCAGCUCAACGUCCGACUUUUAAGAGCAUCGUUAACUCAUUAAAGAAGUUACUCAAGUCUCCAACGCAAAUGGGAGGUCCAUGAGGACCACAUUAACAUAUUUCUUUGUUUAGGUUCUAUAGAACUGUAGUUUAGGUAUCAUAAAUCGAAAAUCCUGAAGAGGAUUAAUUACUAGAAUAUGUAAAAGCUAAAAAAGCUUCAUAUUCAUGCAGUUUCAAACUUUAUAACGGAAUUAGGUUGACACUUCAAACUGAAGUAUGUUUCUUAUUUGGGCUUGUCAUACAGUAAACCCGUAAACAAAUGGGUAAAAUAGAUUCAUAAUCAAACUCGGGUACAUCCUACUAAUAUAGCUUCAUCUAGCAGGUACGAAU